GAUGGAGGAAGUAUCGAGAAAUUAGUCCGCGUCUUUCAGUUGUGUUGUUAUAUGGUCCCCUCGGGUGAUUUGUUUUGGUUACAAAACAUAUGUAACCAUAAAUAAAUUGUUCCCCAAAGUACAGGAUCGUAUUCUUUAAAAUGCCACGGAGAAAGAGGACUGCAGGCAGCAGCUCGGACGGGACAGAGGACUCUGAUUUUUCUGCUGACCUGGAACACGCCGAAGCUGCCGAGAACCUGCACAGACGCAGCAGUGCACGCCUCACUCGUUCGUCCCUGCGCCUCAACCACAGCUCGCAAGAAAACUGCAGCUCUCCUGCUGCUGGGGGUCCUGAUGAAGGCCUGGAUUCACCUGCAGAGUCCACUCCUGCAGUGGCAGCGUCAGUCUUCUCCUCCGGGCGCAGGGUCACUCGCAGCCAGCAGGGGGCGACAAACACCUCAGCGAAAAAGUACCCCCUGCGGCAGAGCAGGUCGUCCGGCUCAGACACCGAGAACAACGGUGAGGCUGCAGGCAAAGUUACGACGCGCGACAAACAGGCCGAGGAGCGGGCGCUGUCGCACCGGCAGGAUGAAAACAGGCACUCUACAAGAAACCAGGCCCCUACAGAUCGUCAGCAGCGCUACAAGGAGAAGGUGAGCGAGCUGAGGAGGAAGAGGAACUCUGGUCUCAAUAAGGAGCAGAAGGAAAAGUGUGUGGAACAUCGUGAAAGCCACGGGACGAGCCGGGAGCCUCUGCUGGAGAACAUCACCAGCGACUACGACCUCGAGCUGUUCAGGAAAGCGCAGGCACGUGCCUCGGAUGACCUUGAGAAGCUUCGCCUGUCCGGCCAGGUGUCGGAGGGCAGCAACAUGAUAAAGACCAUCGUGUUUGGGCGUUUUGAGCUGGACACCUGGUACCACUCUCCGUACCCCGAGGAGUACGCCCGCCUGGGGAGACUCUACAUGUGCGAGUUCUGCCUCAAGUACAUAAAGAGUCAGACCAUUCUGCGCAGACACAUGGCCAAGUGUGUGUGGAAGCACCCCCCAGGGGAUGAGAUCUACAGGAAGGGAAACAUCUCAGUCUUUGAGGUGGAUGGAAAGAAGAACAAGAUUUAUUGUCAGAAUCUGUGUCUGCUUGCAAAACUCUUCCUGGACCACAAGACGUUGUAUUAUGACGUAGAGCCGUUCCUCUUCUACGUCAUGACCGAAGCUGACAACACAGGAUGCCACCUGGUCGGAUACUUCUCCAAGGAGAAGAACUCGUUCUUGAACUACAACGUGUCCUGCAUCCUCACCAUGCCACAGUACAUGAGGCAGGGCUACGGCAAGAUGCUCAUCGACUUCAGUUACCUGCUGUCCAAGGUGGAGGAGAAGGUGGGUUCUCCUGAGCGACCCCUGUCUGAUUUAGGACUAAUCAGCUACAGAAGUUACUGGAAAGAUGUUCUGCUGCGCUACCUGAAUAAUUUCCAGGGCAAGGAGAUCUCCAUCAAAGAGAUCAGCCAGGAGACGGCGGUAAACCCAGUAGAUAUUGUCAGCACACUGCAGUCCCUACAGAUGCUCAAAUACUGGAAAGGAAAGCACUUGGUUCUAAAGAGACAGGACCUUAUUGACGACUGGAAAGCCAAGGAGACCAAACGUGGUAAUGGAAAGACCAUCGACCCCACAGCCUUAAAAUGGACCCCUCCUAAAGGGACAUAGAGGAGCUUCCUGCACACCCCCAAAACACACAUGCACAGACCUUCCUCCGUACACUGGCAUUGACCCUGAGUCCAAACCUUCUCAGCUGCAGCAAUGUUACUGACAAGCAUAAUUAACUGUUUUAUAUCUUUUUGGGUUCAAACAGUCACUGAGUUCACUCAAAACAGAUAAACACAAUUUAAUCUCACCCACAUGGCGCCUGUGUUGGAUGUAAUACUUUGUUUGGUCUUUGAUAGAUAGGAGUAUAAAACCAAAAAUGAAUAGUUAAUUCAUGUAAAGGAAGUUAAUGCUACAGCUGAGUGUUUAAAUAG